AUGGACGACCUCGAGCAGGAAGGCAUUAAUGAAGAGCUUAUUGAUUUUGCCAUCCGUGAGAGCAUUCAAGAUUCAUACAAGCUGCCAUAUUCAACACAAACAAACAGAAAGGAAUCAAACAGUGAUGCAUUUGCAAAUAUUAUGGCAGCCAUCCACGAAGGUGAUGUGUGCACACUGCAGGGGAUACCAGGUUGUGCGUCUGCCUUCAGAGAGAGGGACAGCAGGGGUUGGCUGCCUCUGCACGCAGCAGCUGUACAGCCUCAACAAGAGGUUCUUCAUGAGGUGCUGCAGGUGUUGAUGUCCACAGACCUGACCCUGGAGGAGCUGACAGAGGAUGGGGAGACGUCUCUGACUCUGGCUGCAAAGGCCGGCCUGGUGGAAAACAUCAAGAUGCUGCUGCAGUAUGGCGCUUCACCGCACAACACCAACAGAAGGAAUGAGACUCCACUGCUUUUUGCAGUGAGACAGAAAUCAUACGACAUGGUUUUAUCACUCAUCAUGGGCGGGGCCUUUGUAGAGCAGUUGUGCCUUUCUAAAUGGACUGCAAUUCAUGAAGCUGCAAAGGUGGGCUGUCCAGCUCUCCUGAUGCUUCUGCUUCGACAUGGAGCUAAGGUAACAGCCAGAGGCGACCAUGGGGUGACUCCUCUGGGGAUUGCAGCUGAACACGGCAAUACUGAGGCUCUAGAAAUCCUCAUACAUCAUGGUGGUGACGUAAACGCUCAGUCCACCAAUGGAGACACAGUCCUGUAUGAUGCAGCUGGGAAUGGAAACCUGGACUGCAUCAAGCUGCUCCUUGAGCACAGAGCCAACCCGAAUGUAGCCAGCUACGCCUGCCAGCUGCCCAUCCACAGAGCUGCAUAUGAAGGACACAUACUAGCCCUGCGAACGCUCAUCCCCAUCACCACAAAGAAAGCUAUCCGUCUCUCAGGCCAGAACCCUGUCCACUCAGCUGCAGACGGGGGACAAGCUGAGUGUUUGAAACUGCUUCUUGAGAAAGGAUGCGACGUGAAUGCAUUGCUAGACACAACCAUCUCUGAGAACUUUAGCGACCUAAGGAAGUCUCCUCUGUACUUCGCCAUUUGUAACGGCGAUAUCACCUGUGCCGAGAUGUUGCUCGCAGCUGGAGCGAGAACUGAACUGGACCCACUAAGAUGCAUACUGGUGGCCGUGCGUUCUGAGAGGUACGAGUUGGUGCAGCUGUUGCUGUCCUAUGGAGCAGAUGUGAAUUGUUAUUUCAGGGCUAUCUGUAACACUCAGUUCCCUACAGCGCUGCAGUACUGUCUGAAGGAUCCGGUGAUGAUGCGACUGCUGCUCAACGGUGGAUAUCAAGCUUACAAGUGUUUCCAGUGUUGCCAUGGUUACAGUGAAGAAACGGACAGUACCUGGAGGGAGCUUCACAACCUAGCCUACCAAAUCUACAGUGAACCAGAUGUCAUCCCAUUCUGUGAGUACGUAUCUGUAUCUUGGCUGACACAUCUGGUUGGCGGUGUUGUGAGGAUUCUCCUGGACUACGUACGUCAUGUCAGCAUCUGUCCCAAGCUGAAACACACCCUGGAGAGUCAACCAGAAUGGGAAGAGAUUUCUGACAUACUGAGUAAACCCCGGUCUCUGCAGCAUCUGUGUCGACUUGUUAUCAGAGGUCAUAUGAGCCUUGGGAUGAUGAACAGCCCUAAGGCCAUGGCUGCUGUCCCUUUUCCUCCAAGACUGAAGAAGUACCUGAUCUACGGUGACUUCGACCUGUAUGGUAUGAUGUGAAAGAUGUUAUUAAUAUCUGUGUGAUUGAGGCUCUAAUAAAGUGCACUAACUCUUUAAACUUCA